AUCGUCUUAUACUAUAAUCGGGAAAUACUCAAUAGACACUAACUCUGGGGACUUUGUGGCUCGGAAAUCUCACCAUGGCGAUUUGCAUCACAUUCGGAACUCAUGAAUUUACCUCGAUGCUGGAAGGGUACGAGAAUGUCAGAGCAUACUGUUACAACUGCCAACACUGGAACGGACACUGUAUAACUCGGUGGCCGUGGUUUACCGUUUGCUUCAUUCCCUGUAUCCCUCUCUCGACACACAAGUACAAGGAAGUGACAUGCUACACGUGCCGAUUUACUCAAGACCUUCGCGACCGCCCUGAUAUCACGCCGGAUACAAGACCUCCGCAAGGCAUACCGCCAGGUCCUGCACCGCCGCCGCAGGCAUACUAUGCUGCUGGUGCUGCGGGCAGCGGUUAUCCGCCGCAGGGCUACCCACCCCCAGGACAGGGACAGCCACAACCCCAGGCGCCACCGCCGCAGAAUUACAACUAUAAAUGAUGAGCUGAGAGCCGCACUGAUUUGUUGUCGUCUUUUAUUUAUGAUGUCUAUCAUACUUUGUGGAUUUGCCUCGUUGUGUUCAGUAAUAUACCACAGUUGAAGAGCAUGCAAGUGUUGCUAGGAUUAUGUCAAUGGUACGGUGAUUAAUAAAAUUGAUACUAUCUACUUAAGGCA